AUGAGGAGGUGGCAAGCCGUGCCUUGGCGGCUGGGUGAUGAAGACGACGUGGUGCGGGAGUUCCUGUCGACGGACGUCUGCUGCAGGAUUUCCGAUAAGUACCUGCUGGCAAUGGCGCUGACGUACUUCAAGCGCGCCGGCCUGCCCACCAGCGAGAUGGCGGAGGAGCCGAUCGUGCCGGUGUACUGCACCGGCGUUUCGGCGCAGGUGCAGCGGCAACGGGCGAAGGCGUUGGGGUUGGGUCGGCACGAGAACGCGGUGCGGUACCUGGGGCAGGACUACGAGCGGUUGGUGGAGGAAUGCCGGCGUUCCGGCACCCUCUUCCGCGACCAAACCUUCCCGCCGGCUCCCGCUUCCCUCGGCUUCCGCGAGCUCGGCCCCGGCACCGCCAAAACCCACGGCGUCCAAUGGAAGAGGCCGACGGAGCUGUGUCCGCACCCGCAGUUCAUCGUGGACGGGGCCACGCGCACCGACAUCUGCCAGGGAGCGCUGGGUAGGGAGGUGAGCGGGUGCUACGAGGCGCUGUCGGGCGGCAGCACCUCGGAGGGUUUCGAGGACUUCACCGGCGGCGUGACGGAGUGGUACGACCUGCGCAAGCCCCCCGGGGAUCUCUACCAGAUCAUCCUCAAGGCGCUGGAGCGCGGCUCCCUGCUCGGCUGCUCCAUCGACAUAACGAGCGCCUUCGACAUGGAGGCGGUGACGUUCAAGAAGCUGGUGAAGGGACACGCGUACUCGGUGACGGGGGCCAAGCAGAUCAACUACCGCGGGCAAUCCCUGGGCCUGAUCCGUAUGCGCAAUCCCUGGGGAGAAGUGGAGUGGACGGGACCCUGGAGCGAUAGCUCGUCCGAGUGGAACGCGGUGGAGCCGGCGCUGAGGCAGCAGCUGAUGGUGAAAAUGGAGGACGGCGAAUUUUGGAUGUCCUUCCGGGAUUUCCUCCGGGAAUUCACCCGCCUGGAGAUCUGUAACCUCACCCCGGACGCUCUCCAGUCCCGCAAAUUCCGCAAGUGGAACACGCGGCUCUACGACGGGACGUGGCGGCGCGGCAGCCAGCACGCGGGGAAAUCGGGCGUCCACCUGAAGCGGGAUUUCUUCCUGGCCAACGCCUCGCGCGCCCGCUCGGAGCAGUUCAUCAACCUGCGGGAGGUGAGCACCCGGUUCCGGCUGCCGCCGGGGGAAUACAUCGUGGUGCCCUCCACCUUCGAACCCAACAAGGAAGGAGACUUCGUUCUCCGCGUCUUCUCCGAGAAGAAAGCCGGCACCGAGGAAAUGGACGACAAGAUCCAGGCGACGCUCCCGGACGAGAAAGUGCUCUCCGAAAGCCAAAUCGAUCGACGACACAAGAAGCUCUUCAAGCAGCUGGCGGGGGCGGACAUGGAGAUCAGCGUCACGGAGCUUCAGACCAUCCUCAACCGGAUCAUCGGCAAACGUGAGCCGCCCGGCGGGAUUUUGGGGUUCGCCGUGAAAAGGAAAAACAAACCCCGACCCCCCCUUAAUUAUCGUUUAACUCGUUAA